GUCCAUAAGGAGGAGGAUUUAAAACUUUCCUUGCAUUUCCGACGCAAUAAAAAUAAAAGCAGAGAGAGAGAGAGAGAGAGAGCAGGAUUCCCUUUUUCAAAUCUCCACUCCUUUUCGCCCAAAAUCAUCGAUUCCAUUUCGGAAGCUGGGAAGUGGUGGUACCAAAAGGAGAGAUCUCUCCUUUUUCUUGUCAUAAAACUAUAUAAAAAAUCCCUCCUUUCCUCUCUUCUUCGUAUACGGCAUUGGCUUUUUCACCACACCACAAGCCUCCCACAGAUUUCAUACAGAGGAGAGAACUGUUGGAGAGGAGUGGAGAACAAGAGACCUCCAAGUUAGCCGUUCCCCAUUCCAGCUCUUCUCCUAUCCUGUCCGACCGGAAUUCGUCAGGUUCCAGCGGCCGGGAAAUGGGUCGGGCUACGCGGUGGCUGAGGAGCCUCAUCGGUGGCAAGAAGGAGAGCAAGGAGCCGAAGGAGCAGGCCAAUUAUGGGGCCGAAGAGAGGAGGGAGAAGAAAAGGUGGAGCUUCGGCAAGUCGGCGAGGGACUCCAGCGAAGUGGUGGUGGGUCACAAUCCUUCUACGGCGGCGGACACAGCAUGGUUGAGAUCUAUCUAUGCUGAAAGCGAGAAGGAGCAGAGCAAACAUGCCAUCGCAGUGGCGGCAGCCACCGCCGCCGCCGCCGAUGCCGCAGUGGCAGCAGCACAGGCGGCCGUGGCGGUUGUUCGGCUCACAAGCCAGGGGAGGGGCACCCUCUUUGGUGUCCACGAGCGGCGGGCAGCUGUGAAGAUCCAGACUGCUUUCAGAGCUUAUUUGGCAAAGAAAGCUCUCCGGGCUCUCAAAGCACUUGUUAAGUUGCAGGCCUUGGUUAGAGGCUAUCUAGUUCGCAAGCAAGCGGCCUUAACCCUCCAGAGCAUGCAAGCUCUCAUCAGAGCUCAGGCGACGGUUCGAGCUCAGAGAUCUCGCAAUCUUCUCCCCAGUGAGCGGAGAUUCCAACCAGAAAUCCGCCCCCGGAGAUCUCUGGAAAGGUUCGACGACACGAGGAGCGAACACAUGGCAUCAGUCCACAGCCGGAGGCUAUCGGCGAGCCUCGACAACGCUUCCAAUGGCUUCGACCGGAGCCCAAAGAUCGUCGAAAUCGACACCUGCCGCCCCAGGUCGCGAUCUUCCCGCCGGACCAGCCCCUCUGUUCUGGACCUGGCUGACGAGCUGCCCCCCCAGUCGAUCUCCUCCCCUCUCCCUUGCCAGAUUCCCUCCCGGAUCUCCAUCCCCGACUGCCGAAACUUCCAGGACUACGACUGGUGCCUCACCGGCGAGAAAUGCCGGUUCUCGGCCACGGCACAGAGCACCCCCCGCUACAUGAAUUCCGCCGGCACCAUGCCGGUGACUCCGGCCAAGAGUUUGAGCGUUGCCGAAGGAGUCUUCCGCCGGUUUCUGAACACCUCGCAUUGCCCCAGCUACAUGGCAAACACUCAGUCCUUCGAGGCAAAAGUCCGAUCACAGAGUGCACCGAAGCAGAGGCCGGAGCCGGCGGGGAUAAGAAAGAGGCUCCCUCUGAGCGAGGUUAUGGUGGAGUCCAGAGCCAGCCUUAGUGGGGUCGGAAUGCAGAGGUCUUGCACUCGAGUACAAGAGGCUUUCAACUUCAAGAGCGCCGUGGUGGGCCGGCUCGAUAGGUCUUCAGAGCUGAGUAGGGAAGCAGAGAGGGAGUUCUACUUGCAGAGGAAGUGGUGAUCCGCCGAGUUGAAACACUAGAAUAAGAGAGUAAAGCUCUCUUCUUCCUCUACUAUUAUUAUGGCUUUUAUUAUUAUUAUUAUCUCUUUCCUUUUCCUAAUGUUGUAACAAUAUUGGAAGAGAAAUCAUAGGAGGAGUCUGGUGUAAAUUCUUUAGAAUCUAUCCAAUUUGAAGCAUCCUUUGUUCCGUGCCA